AAAUAAAAAUUGAUAAAACUGAAGUAAAAAUACUUUGAUUUGAUAAUUCAUACUAUAUCUAUAUAUAUCACCCUAUGAGGAACAAGAAAUUGCAGCAAACCAAACAUGGCUUCAUCAGUUCAAUCUUCAUGCACGUUUCUCCUCGCCACCAACCACCGCCACAGCCGACCUCCCCCUUCCUCACCCCACUCUCUCACACCCGCCGGCCGGCAUCGGCGCAGCCACCUCUUCCAGGUCUCAUGCAAACAACAAAACCCACCGCCGCCGUCGUCAGAAGGAAAGGUUGACCGGAGAAACAUGCUCCUGGGCCUGGGCGGUCUCUACGGCGCCGCCAACCUCAUUCCGACAAACCCCGAAGCAGCUACCGCCAGCCCGAUCGAACCGCCGGAGUUCAAGGCCUGCGGCGCCGCCCGCGAUGUCCAGAGCGGGGAUCUCCUGAACAUCAACUGCUGCCCUCCGACGUCGGACAAGAUCGUCGACUUCAAGCUCCCGCCCCCGCCGGCCAAGCUCCGGGUCAGACCGCCGGCCCACAGGGUGAGCAAAGAGUACCUGGCGAAAUUCGAGGAAGCCAUACGAAGGAUGAAGGCGCUCGACAAAUCCGACCCGAGUGAUCCACGCGGGUUCAUGCAGCAAGCCAAUAUCCACUGCGCAUACUGCAAUGGGGCCCACGACCAAGUCGGGUACAAAGAUCUGGAUCUCCAGGUUCACAAUUCAUGGCUGUUCUUCCCUUUCCACCGCUGGUAUUUGUAUUUCUACGAGAGAAUUCUCGGCAGUUUGAUCGACGACCCGACUUUCGUUCUGCCCUUCUGGAACUGGGACAACCCCAAAGGUAUGCAGAUGCCGAAAAUCUUCGACAAUUCCGGUUCGCCUCUAUACGACGCGAACCGGAACCAGAAGAACCGGCCGCCUGCGAUCAUCGACCUCGGCUUCUCCGGGGCGACCGAAGAUCUGCAGGUGGUGGUGAACAAUCUCACUGUCAUGUACAGUGAGAUGAUCCGGAGCGUGAACUCCACGCUCGACUUCAUGGGGCAACCCUACAAGGCCGGCGACGCCGCCAGCCCCGGGAUGGGCUCGUCGGAGCGUGGCUCACACGUGGCCGCACACGUGUGGGUCGGAGACCCCAGAAACAAGUACAGCGAAGAUAUGGGGAACUUCUACUCCGCCGGGAGGGACGUUCUUUUCUACUGCCACCACGCGAACGUCGACAGAAUGUGGUCGGUAUGGCGAACCCUAAAAACCGACGUGCCAAAAGACAUAAAAGACCCUGACUACCUCAACGCCGCGUUUUUAUUCUACGACGAGAACAAGCAGCUGGUGCGCGUGAAAGUCGGCGACUGUUUGGACCACAAGAAGAUGGGGUACGAGUUCGAGAAAGUCGACACGCCGUGGCUCAACUACAAGCCGACGAAGAAGGCGGCGAAGGCGAAGAUCCUGAAGAUCGCCGCCGGCGCGGAGACGGUGGAGGCCCUGUUCCCGCUGAAUCUGAAGAAGAUCACUAGGGUUUUGGUCAACAAGUCGGCGAAGGGGAAAGCCGACGAGGUCCUGGUUCUUGAGAACAUAGAAACCGACACCACCAAGUUCAUAAAGUUCGACGUCUUCGUCAACGACGAGGACGACGGAUCGGUGGAGCUCGACAAGGCUGAGUACGCCGGAACUUUCGCGCAGGUGCCGCACAAGACGAAGGACAAGAAGGGCAAAUCGACCAUCAGUCUGAGGUUGACGGAGCUGUACGAGGAUGUCGACGUGGCGGAUGAUGACACUGUGGUGGUCACGCUUAUUCCCAGAUCUAACGGUGACGAUGUCACCAUUGGUGGUAUCAAGAUCAUUGCGUCACCGCCCAGAUCUGGGUAAAACCGGCCGCCGGCGAUCUAGCAGAGUAAUGAUGGUGCAGGGUGUACGUGCUCUGUUUCCGAUUGGCAUCGAUCAACAUGAUUGGGGUUUUUUUUUUGGUUUUUUUUUUAUUAAUAAUUAAUAAUUAGUUGCGGGUAAUAAUAAUUGGUGCUCCUCGAUUGUAAUCCAUUACUGUUUUCUUCUUUAGUAGUGGAUUCUGUAUUUGAGUGGGAAAAGCUUCUGCUGCUUUUCUUUUGUAUUUCCGCUUCUACGUAUUUCGAUUAAUUUCGGAACUGAGUACGUUUUUAAUUAAUUAAUUAUGUUUUUUUUUUUU